AGCAGCGCCCACCCCCGCUGGUGGGACCGAGCGCGUGGGCGCCAUGCCGCUCCACUCCGCCUCGCUCCACGCAGCGGCCUUCGGUGCGGACGACGGCGGUUGCCACCCCGCCGAGGCCGCGGCCGCCGCGCAGGCGGGCCUGCUGCCCGCGGGCCACCCAGCGUGGCCCGGCCUGCGGGCCAGCGCCAGGCGGCGGGCGGCGGCGGUCGCGCUGCUGGACUCGGGCGGGCCGCUGCACGGCGGGGUGCCCGCCGUGCGGCCGCCCAGGACGGGGGCGCAGAGAUUAGCCGCGGCCUUCGAGAAGGUUGCCGAGGCCAAAGUGGGCGACGCGCAUGGGAAAGCAGACGGCAAGGGACGCAGCGACGACGCGCUGGUCCGCAGUCCGGUCGCGAGCAACGCGAAGUACAUCUCUGCCUUGGCUGGCCCCGUGACUCUCGUCAGCAGUUUGUUGUGCGUCGCGGCAGCGUGGAUGGAGAUCAAGUGCGGACAAUUCUUGAACGAACAGGCUCUUCAGGUGAAGGCGCGGAUCGAGAGUGAUCCCCCAGACGACAGCGAGUCGGACUGAGAGCUGCUCCGGCGCGCGGGGCCGCAACAACGGGCCGCCAGCGGGACAGCAUAAUGGGGCUGGCUCUGGGCAUGGCCAUCUCACGCAUUCACGUGUGUGUAGUGCCACAUGGAUGCUGCACGCAUUCAUCGUUCGUUGGAGCACGCUCUCUGCGCCGUAGCACAGCCAUUCAGGCGUGGUGCGAGAAGGCAUCUAGUUUUUUGAAGGUUUUUCAUUGGCGAUGAGCAUGAGGAGACGGAUUGGUCAGACCAUCCUCGUCGCUUACACGGGUAGCUUUUUCAGUCGAUCGCGAUGUCGGUCGGAAGCGACGCGUAGGAGAAAAGUUUAACGAUGCCUGGUUGCCGAUCAGGGGUGUGUGCCCAGGCAGGGCAAGUAGGCGCCGGAGGACGUCACCGCUGGUCUGGUUCUGGAGGUGGCGCACCCAAUUGGGGCGUAUUGUGGCCAGUACUCUUGGCAAAAGGCAGGCGUGCCGUUGUCAAAACUAGGGCUCUGGCAUUGGGGCAAGUGCCCCGCGCGCUUAUCCGCGGGACAGUUUCAAGGCCCCCCCGCGGGGCCGCGCCUGCCACAUCGCCAAGUGGUGGGGCGUAAGCGCGCCAGCGCAAGUGCGCGUGCCGCCUCCGCGUCCUCCACCACCUUCUACCUGCAUGGGGAAGGAAAGACAGGGAGGAACGCCAUUUUCUGUCGAAGGACGACAAGGGCGAGUUGGGAGUUGGGGCCGCGGCGCGGCCGCCCGCUAGCCGCUAGCCGCUAGCCCGGGUGCUGGCGGCCGCACUCCGCGCUCCUGGAGCGCGACCGGAGGCGGCGGCGGCAGCAGUGGGGGCGUGGAGCGCCAGCGCAGGAGGCGCAUCCAGGGCGCAGGGCUCGGACACGGGCGCCGCUGCGGCGUGGGCCUUUGGUUGGUUGCCCGCCCAGAGAACGGUCCACGAACGCGUGGCUUCGAGGAGUUGCACCCGCACCUCAAGGCGACCAGCGAUGGUCAGUUUGGCCUGCCACAGCCAGAAGUGAACCACCACGCCGCCGCCGAGAGGGCGGAUGGCCAGGGCGAUCUGGGCCCCUUUGGAACUGUAGAGCGCUUUUGGCAAGCAUCCGUGCAACCGCGAGCCCGAGAUAAUAAAUCAUACCACCUUUUCACCACUGAGAGAUGACUCUCCACUGCCAAGAA